CAUGGAAUAUAAAGUAAGAGUUCAUGAACAUCUAUGGAAAGACUCUUUACAACUGAAUUUGUACAACGAGAGCACUGUGGAAAAGUUGUAUUUCACUUUAGACGUUUAGCUUCUCCCUCAUCAGUCCCAUCAGGAGGUGUUUCACCCACGUAACGUGCAUCUGUGUGUUGAGUUUGGUCCUGUAUGUCAGCUGCUGUGUUGUCGGGGUUUAAACCCUACUGAGUCAUUUGUUGACUGAAACUCAGUCGGACGAAUUCCAGGAGAGAAAAACUCAGCGAGGAGUGAGGACACGAAAACAAACUGAGACGAGGAGGAGGAACUCAGGCAAGCCUGGAGAGGUCUGGAGAAGCCUGGAGAGACAUAGAGGUGGUCUGGAAAAGUUUGGAAGGAGUUUGGAAAUCAACUAGUCAACUGCUGCUCCAGACCUCUCUCUCCCUCUGUCCAUCCACCUGUCCAUCCGUCCGUCCAUCGGUCCACUCCUCCACCCGUCCAGUCAUCCAUCAGCCUGCAGACUGUAAGUUCUUUCUGAAGGAACUGAAGCUCAAACCUUGAAAACACUAAUCUGUUAAUGUUAUUAUUGUUAUUAUUAUUAAAUGAACGCCUUUGUCUGACUGUGACAGUGGAAUAAAAACAUGAAUAAACUGUUUUAGAAAAUAUUUUAAAAGUAAAAGUAUUAAAACGACAUUAAAGAAAUCAAACAGAGAGAGAGAUGGGCUUCGCUGACCUGCUGGAGGAGAUUGGUGGGUUCGGUAGGUACCAGUGGAUCCAUGUGACACUGAUCAGUUUACCUGGUUUGAUGAUGGCGAGUCAGAACCUGAUGAACAACUUCGUCUCAGGAAUCCCCGCCCACCACUGCAGCCUGCCGGCCAAUCACAGCCUGUACAACCUGUCGCAGUACCAGGUGGAUGAGAAGCAGCUGCUGAAAGCUUUCAUUCCUCUGGACUCUGCAGGAAAUAGACUGCACCGCUGCAGGAGGUAUGUGGAGCCUCAGUGGCAGCUUUUAUCUGCUAACAGCUCAGCUAACAUUAGUCAGCUACAGACCGAAGAAUGUGUGGACGGAUGGACGUUUGACCGCUCCGAGUUCCUCGCUACCACUGUUUCCGAGUGGGAUCUGGUCUGUUCUCUGCGUCCUCUGAAACAGAUGAUUCAGACCAUCUAUAUGGGUGGAGUUUUAACAGGAGCCAUCAUCUUCGGUAGCCUGUCAGACAGGUUUGGGAGGCGGUCUGUCCUUAUUUGGUCAUACUUGCAACUGGGUGUGCUCGGCUGUAGCUCCGCCCUCUCCACUUCAUACUCUGCCUAUUGCAUUUUUAGGUUUCUGAGUGGAAUGGCGGUGUCCGGAGUCAUCCUCAAUGGAGUCUCACUGAAGGUGGAGUGGAUCCCAACCAAAGCCAGGACAUUAGUUGGCACGCUCACCUCCUUCUUCUUCACUUUUGGUCAGAUGAUCCUGGCAGGGCUUGCCUAUUGGCUGAGAGACUGGAGGAAGCUGCAGGUCGUUAUUUGUGCUCCUCAGUUCCUGUUCUUCGCAUACAGCUGGUGGUACUCAGAGUCAGCCCGUUGGUUGGUUCUGAACCGUCGGUCUGAGGAGGCGUUAAAGAGUCUACACCGAGUUGCUCGAAUCAACGGAAAACCAGAGAUGAUCAACAAGUUAACACUGGAGGUGCUCCACUCUCACAUGAAUAAGGAGAUUGAGUCAAGUCGUUCAUCGUUCACAGCGUAUGACCUGCUGAAGACCAGAGGGAUGAGACGCAUCUCCAUCUGUCUUAUAGCUGUUUGGUUCUCCACCAGUUUUGCGUACUAUGGUUUGGCAAUGGACCUGCAGAAGUUCGGGGUGAGUAUAUACCUGAUGCAGAUCAUCUUUGGAGCUGUAGAUUUUCCCGCCAAACUGCUGGCUCUCGGGAUGCUCAGUUACCUCGGAAGGCGGGUCUCUCAGGCCACCUGUCUCUUCCUGUCAGCCUUCAUCAUCUUUGCCAACAUAUUUGUCCCCACAGACAUGCAGACCAUCAGGACCACGUUGGCGUGUCUUGGUAAAGGUUUUACCUCGGCAUCCUUCACCACCAUCUACCUGUACACUGGAGAGCUCUACCCCACCAUCAUCAGGCAGACAGGAAUGGGCUUCGUCUCCACCAUGGCGAGAGUCGGCAGCAUGGCCGCACCCGCCGUCCUCAUCCUGGAUGAGGUACUCCCUGCUCUGCCCAGUAUGGUGUAUGGGGGGGCAGCAGUGUUGGCCGGAUGCUUUGCCUGCUUCCUGCCAGAGACACUGAACGUCCCACUGCCUGACACCAUUGAGGAUGUGGAGGAGAAAUGGUCCGGGAGAAGCCCCGCCUCCCGACAGAAAGAGGGUGUGUCCUUACAAGAGAGUGUUGUCUCAGAUGAUGACGUCGUCUCUCGUGCGGGCGUGGUUUCAAAGGAGAGUGUGGCUUUAAAAGAGUUGAAGGAAACAGAAGGGACUGGCCUCAAUGCCCUCUGACCAAUCAGACACUGCCAAAUCACACAGUCAGAGCCAAUGGAGUAGUGAAGUGUGAGGGCGCUUUCAUUUCAGAUUUUUCUUUAAUCUCCUGAAUGUUACUGCACAAUGAAACUCUACUGGAUAAUGUAACAGUCAGACAGGUUUAUGUUCUGACACCAAUUUGAAUUAUUUACACUUUGUUUCUGACUAAUCAGCCUUCUAUGUCUCUAAAUACUACAUUACCCAUGAGCCUGUGCUGCUGUGGCCAGGGAGAAAAGGUCAGUCAGUGAUGUGAAUCAGGUCAGGCCUUCACUGUUACAACUGAGAACAAAACACAUAGCCAUGGUGACUGAAUUCACCUACCGCGGAUCCAGAAUUUAAAGGUGAAUUGAUUUAAACUGCAGAUUGUGUUCAGUUUUCUCAACAUGUCAUCUUUAGAUAUUUAACUUCCACCUGCUGUUAGUGCAGUCCUGUAGCAAGAGGAAACUUCUUGGACGGGUAUCUGACGUCCAUCGAUGGGCCCUUUCUGUUUUGUUUUGGCAUUAAUUAAUAAUUAAAAAUGAUCAUGGGAAAUGUUGUUGUGAUUUUAUUUCAACAGUAUUAACAUUAAUUUUUGUGAGAAGCUUCCGAAUCCUGAUCCUUCACAAUAUUUUUAGUGCACAAUUUUU